AUGUUGUCACAAUCGAAGCCUCUUUCCGGCAAGGUAGCCAUUGUAACCGGAUCGAGCCGCGGCAUUGGUGCAGCUAUCCUGCUCAAGCUUGCAUCAUGCGGGGCUGACGUCGUUGUGAACUAUGUCUCGUCUCAAGCGCCGGCCGAAUCUGUUGCUGCCAAAGCUCGCGAGUUCGGAGUCAAGGCUAUUUGCAUCCGGGCGGAUGUCAGCAAACGGGAGGAGAUCGCCCAUCUCUUUGAUCAAGCCAAGAAGGAGCUUGGAAGAGUCGAUGUCGUCAUGAGCAAUUCUGGUAUCGAGCACUUUGGAGACCUGGAGACGGUCAAGGAAGAGGAAAUCGACAGGGUUCUGGCUGUCAACGUGAAGGCGCAAUUCUUUGUUGCGCAGGAAGCACACAAGUACCUUGAAGAUGGUGGUCGUUUGAUUCUUAUUUCGUCCAUCUCAGCUGUUUGGGGCGUCCCUCGUCAUGCCCUCUACUCGGCGUCAAAGGCCGCCAUCACCGGCAUGGUCAAAUGUCUGGCAUGCGACUUUGGAAGCCGCAACAUCACUGUCAACUGCAUUGCCCCUGGUGGUAUCAAGUCCGACAUGUAUACCGAAGCAGCAAAGGAAUAUUUCCCUGGUGGUGACAAGAUGACGGUGGAAGAGAUCGAUGAGAAAGCAGCUUCAAUGAGUCCUAUGAAAAGACCUGGCUUCCCCGAUGAUGUGGCGGGUGUUGUUGCGCUUUUGGCUAUGCCGGAAUCCCAAUGGAUGACUGGGCAGACCUUCCAUGUCGGUGGAGGCGCUCACAUGGCAACGGCUUAG